AUCCCAUUUUUCCUGGGAAUUCCGGGCAGAUCCGCUUCAUCCUGAUCCAGAACCGGGCCGGCAAGACGCGCCUGGCCAAGUGGUACAUGCAGUUUGACGACGACGAGAAGCAGAAGCUCAUCGAGGAGGUUCACGCCGUGGUCACCGUCAGGGACGCCAAGCACACCAAUUUUGUUGAGGUAAAAACCCCAAAAUCACAAUUUUUUACCUCAAAAUCACAAUUUUUUGUCCCAAAAUUACCAGUUUUUGCCCUCAAAUAGCCAUUUUUACCUCAAAAAUGACCAUUUUUUACCUCGAAAUCACAAAUUUUUACCCCAAAAUUACAACUUUCCGCCCAAAAUCACAAUUUUUUACUCCAAAAUCACAAUUUUUACCUCAA